UCAUUUGCAUUCAAUUCAGUUUAAUUCAGAGUGGGCUGCAGUUGAGUUCGCAUAUUCAACAUAAUGAAGACGUGGUUUUUUACCUUUUUUAUGAUGACUUGGGUCUUGGAAAAAAUAUCUGUUGAAGGCAGUGCAAAUAGGCUUCAAGAAUCGUCUUCGCCUAAUACAAAUCUGGAGAGUACAUGCAAUUUACGCUGCUUUUCAAUCCUUAAGCCAAUCCUCGAUAACUAUACAUUGCUCAAACCGGAAGCUGAUGCCAUAAAUACAAUGUCAAAUAAUAUUAAAGACUUGGAGAGUAAGUUGGCGAUUGCUGUAGAAAAAAUAGGAUUCAAAGAACUUAUUAUAAAGGAAAAAAAUGAACAGCUCAAAAUUAAAGAUGAUCAUGCAAGCACUCUUAACAAUUUGCAAAGUCGUUUGGCAAAUCUUGAGUGUGAAACACGAAUUAAAGAUCAAGUAAUAAUAAAAGACAAGGAAAUUACCGAAUAUAUUGUACAACUGAAAAGCAAUGAGCUUUUAGUAAAACAGAAGGAUGAAAAAAUAGAAGCUCAGAGUGAACUCAUAAAGGCCAAUAAUGGUAAAGUGAUUAAUAUGACAAUAACUAUAAGUAACUUGCAAAAUCGGAUAGAAAGUGCUGAACGUCAAAUUAAAAUCCAAGAAGAUCUAUUAGUUGUUAAAGAUAAUGAAAUUAAAAAGAAAACAGAAGAAAUUAAAACAAGAGAUAAUUUUAUUAGGUCAAGAGAUGAAGAAAUCAAGGUUCAACUUGAUAAGAUUACAAGUAAGGAAGAGGAAAAUAUGUCUCUAAGAGCACAAAUUUCGAGUAAAGAUAAUCAAAUCGAUGGUCUUAACAAGCAAAAUAAAAUGGAUUUGGAAAAAAUAUCGGAAAUAACCCAAGAUUAUUCACUUUGUCGGGGCUUUGGCAGUUGUCCUAUAGGUCAACCAAAUGGUAUUUACACAAUAAAUAUACCAGGAAUGACUAAAUUUUAUGCUCCCUGUAAUAUCGAUGGAUGGAUGAUUAUUCAAAGACGAAAGGACGGGUCUGAGAAUUUCAGUCGAGACUGGCUUGAUUAUAAAAAUGGAUUUGGUAAUAUAAACUCUGAGUUUUUCAUCGGUCUAGAAAAACUACACCAGCUAACUAAGAAACCCCACGAACUGCUCAUCGAGCUUGCUCAUAAAAAUGUUAGUAAGUACGCCCGAUAUGAUAAUUUCAAAAUUGGAAGCGAGCAGGAACAUUAUAUGCUUACAACAUUGGGAAAUUAUUCUGGGACAGCCGGAGAUUCAUUAAAAUACCAUGAACAGAAAAACUUUAGCACUUGGGAUCGGGAUACUUCACCUAACAAAUGCAGUUCUGAUUUUACAGGCGGUUGGUGGUUUCAUUAUUGUUUUGAAAGCAAACUGAAUGGACUAUACCAUAAAAGUGGAACUUCGCCCAGCAGCAAGGGAAUUAAUUGGAAAACAUGGAAUAACGAGUAUACGACCUCUCUUACGUUUGUUGAAAUGAAGAUAAGACCCAUAUCCUAAAUCUUAAAAUGUUCUAAAGGAAAUUCACAAUUAAACAGCAGCAUACAAAUUUAUAUUAUUCGUUCUGGAACAUAAAUAAAUAAAUAUACAUAAAUCCGU